AGUACUGUGUCCAGUUUUGGGCCCCACACUUCAAGAAGGAUGUGGAUAAAUUGGAGAGAGUCCAGCGAAGGGCAACAAAAAUGAUUAGGGGUCUGGAACACAUGAGUUAUGAGGAGAGGCUGAGGGAGCUAGGAUUGUUUAGCCUGCAGAAGAGAAGAAUGAGGGGGGAUUUGAUAGCUGCUUUCAACUACCUGAAAGGGGGUUCCAAAGAGGAUGGCUCUAGACUGUUCUCAAGGGUAGCAGAUAACAGAACGAGGAGUAAUGGUCUCAAGUUGCAGUGGGGGAGGUUUAGAUUGGAUAUUAGGAAAAGCUUUUUCACUAAGAGGGUGGUGAAACACUGGAAUGCAUUACCUAGGGAGGUGGUAGAAUCUCCUUCCUUAGAGGUUUUUAAGGUCAGGCUUGACAAAGCCCUGGCUGGGAUGAUUUAACUGGGAAUUGGUCCUGCUUCGAGCAGGGGGUUGGACUAGAUGACCUUCUGGGGUCCCUUCCAACCCUGAUAUUCUAUGAUUCUAUGAAGACAGUGGAGCGGCUGUGUCUGUUUACACCAGGUGAGGCUUUGGCCUUCCUUUGGCAGGGUGGUGCUGCAGAGGUGAUCUCUUAGGGGUGGUUAGGUCGAAGCCAGAGUGAAGGUUUGGUGAAUAGAGGCUCGCCUGCCUGCCCCAACUGCGUUUGUUUGACUUCAACUGGUUUUAACCAAUUGAUUAAAUCGGUGCAAAAGGCUGAAUGGACACUGAUCUGUUGGUUUAAGCUGGGCUCAUUUUGAUUUAUCUUAAGUCCAUCAGGAAUCUGUUUAACUCAAGCCCAGAUGAGCCACUCUUAAACCAAAAUAAGAAUGUCCACACUGGUAGGCACUGGCUUAACUAAAUUGGUUUCAAAAACAGUUUAAGGUAAACCAGCGCAAUUUGUGUAUGUAGACAAAGUCUAGGUUCCUGAAGGGGUGCUGCUAUGAAGAAGGGAAGUGCCUCCGCUUUGGCUUUGGUGAUCUGCUCUUUAGUUGGUGUCCAGUUCUUCUCCCCUGAGCCUUGAGUUUAUGGUUGCUUAGGAUCUGUCUGCACUGGAGACAUGCCCAGUUGCAGCCAUUGGUGUAGAUUUACCACUGCAGAUCUCUAGCGUAGAUGGACCAAGCCGCCGUAGGCCAUGAUUUGCAGCCGUGCAGCUGUACUCCAGUUGCAAGCAGGGGGGGACUCACCACAUUGCAAAGUGUUGUGAACAGCAGUUUUGCCUGUCUGCUCUAGGGGCUUUCUCUGGUGACAGGUCCCCAGGCCUUCAUGUGGGUGAAAAUAAACCACAGACAUUGACGAUGUGUGCUUCUGACAUCUUGCCAGCUUCGCUCUUGCCCUAAGGUCCGGAGGCCUGAAUCAACAGGAUUCCUGCUCUCCAGGAACAGCAAAUAUUUUGGAGCACUUGUCCCUGUUACAAGGGACAGGAGAGAGGCCACCGGUGAAAAUGGGGGAAGCCAAAGGAAAACAUUUAGGGCAGUGGCUGUCAAUAGCUUCCAUUCUGAGACCCCUCCACACUUCUAUUUAGCAAUAUGGGAGGGGCAGUGUGGUCACAACCCUGGGACACCCCCAGGGUCCUUAAAUCAAGAACCCGCAACUUUGCAGACCAGUUUGGGUUUCCCCAGUUCCUGUGCCUCCAUACUGUUAUGGAACUUAAUGAAUACGAAAUAAACCCCAGACUCCUGUAAUUGUCAACGUUUUUCCUGUGUUUUGCUUUGUCAAACUGUUGACGUUGCAACUUGAAAGCUGGAAAAACCCUUUGAGCUCUUCCCCAGAAUAAUGGACUGCUGAAAACCACCAUCUCCGUUGCUGCCAGCGGGUAGCCUGCCUGCAGGGCUGAUAAAGGUUCUGAUUUUUCAAAGGUGCAGUGCACAUGCCCUGUUGGCUUCUGUGGGAGCAUGGGGUGCUGGAGCCGAGUGCCUGCAGCUCCUUAGAGUUGGAGGCAUUGAGCCCUCCCGCCAACUGAAUGCAGGGGCAAAGCCAACACGGGGGAAGCAAAUCUUCACGUUGCCUGGUUUAUAGAAAUGAGGAAGCAAGGCUUUUUGAGAGGAGGAACAGCUGUCUGUUUUGGAUUCCAUUCUGGUCAUUGGCAGGGGUGGGGAACUGUGCCAAGGUUUAGCGUGAGGAUGUGUCUGAGGGAUCCUGUUAAGCACUGAGGUUUGAGAGGCUUUGUCCUCUGAGCAGCAGGACAGAACCCAAAGGAACCCGUCUUUCCUCCACUAGGUCCCCCGUCUGGAACUGGAAUCCCUAGAAAACUGCUUCUCACUGUCGUUUUAUCCUCUCUUCUCCCCCUUUCCUCUUCCCCAGCAAGAAUAAAUCAAACCUGGCAGCCCACGCUCCAGAAAGUGACACUGGUCUAUGCUGUGCAGCGUUCCUCUGCUGAGUCAAUAGGAGGAACAUGACCUGGCAAUAAUUUAACCUUCCUGCUCCCUGGAGUAACCAGCCAUGCAGUAGCAUGCAGGGAAUGAGGGGGAUGGACAUAUCUGAUGAGCUCCCCCAGGAGUGAGUGGUGGCUUGAGAUAAGCCUAUUCACUCAAGCACAACACCCACCCUCCCCCCACAAUCUAGCUCCUGCGGCAAGCCACUGAAAUGCACAGAGCACUCACAGGGAGCAGACACCUAGUAAGGUCUCUGGUGUAUUUGCUUAAAAACCUAAACAGCUGCAUUUUCUUCAGCUGUUUUGCUGACAGCCGCCUCCUUCCCCAAACAGAAAAGGAUCAGCCAGGCUUUAUCCUGGGAACCAGUACUGCGCGGGGCUGUUUGGCCUUCUGGAGUGGCUUAAUCCACUCUGGAAUGGGGGGGUGUGUUUUACUGUGUGGCUCUGUCUGCUCCCAUCUCCAGCACAGGGCGUGUGCGUGCGGAUGUCUAGUUUCUGCACAUCCAGGCCCUAUUGUGGCUCCAUGGCAGCAUGGCAUAUGCAGUCUCUGUUGUCACUGGGACUAGCCCGUUUUUCUGAGCUCCCCAGGCGUGUCUGAGGUCAAAGCGAGCCCGGCGCUUAUAUCCUGUUCUGUGGUCGCACGUGCUUAAUGCUCAUUGUGGUAUCGCCUGCCAGAGAUGCAAAACUACAGACCCAAGAGGUUCGCCUUUCUCCCCCUCCUGAGUUACUCUGGAGACGAGCCCCAUAAAUCUUGCGGCAAGCUGCUGUUGCACUGGGCGUCUGUGUGAUCCGUUGUGUCUCCGGGGAGCAGGAUUUUUAUCUCUGCAGUUCUUCAGUCUGCUUACGGGCUGCAUGGCAUCGGCGAGAUGUCUCUGUGCCAGUGUGCGGUGAAGCACAGUGAGUCAGACGUGGAGGGCUGCUGCUUCUCGGUGGGCGGGGGCCUGAAGGUGUACCUGCACUGGAACGGCGAGGAGGAGGAGCGGUGCCAGACCUACACGCAGGGGGUGCUGAGCGCAGAGGAGAUCUGCAUCAACAUUGCCCAGAAAAUCGGGAUCACGCCGCUCUGCUACAGCCUCUUUGCGCUCUGUGAUGUGCAGACCAGAGUCUGGCUCCCUCCCAACCAUGUGUUUGAAAUCAGCAAAGACACCAACCUGAAUCUGUUCUUCCGCAUGAGGUACUACUUCCGCAACUGGCAUGGGAUGAGCGACAAAGAGCCGGCCGUUUAUCGCAACGUUCCCCGGCAGAGCGACGUCCCUGAGGACAAGCUGCAGGGCGGCGCGCUUCUGGACAAGUCGUCCUUCGAGUAUCUCUUUGAGCAGGGGAAAUAUGAGUUCAUUAAUGACGUUGUGUCUCUGAAAGACCUUCAGAGCGAACAGGAGAUCCACCGGUUUAAGAACGAGAGCUUAGGCAUGGCUGUCCUUCACCUCUCUCACAUGGCUCUCAAACGAGGCAUCUCUCUCGAAGAAGUGGCCAAAAAAACCAGCUUCAAGGGUUGCAUCCCGCGCUCCUUCUGCCGGCAGAUCCAGCAGAACAACUACCUGACCAGGUUCCGCAUGAGGAAUGUCUUCAGGAAGUUCGUGCAGCGCUUCCAGCGGCACACGGUCAGUGCUGGGAAGCUGACGGAGCAGGACGUCAUGUACAAGUACCUGGCCACCUUGGAGAACCUGGCCCCCCGCUUUGGGAGCGAGCUCUUCCCGGUCCUUUCCUUGGAGACGGCCUCUGAGGGCGAGAAGGUGCUGCUCUAUGUCAAUGGAGGGCACACGCAGCUGGAGGGUGGCUGCGUGUCAUCUCCCAGGGACAGGCCCGCCACCCACGAAGUCUUGGUCACUGGCACGGACGGCAUUCAGUGGCGGACUGUCCCUGUUGAGGGUGCAGAAAGCCACCCCCACCGGAGUUAUUUUGGGAGGAAGACUAGGGCCAAAGAGCUGGACCCCAAAGGGCUGUGUCAGCCAGUGGAGAGGAGCGAGGCCAAGUGGGUGCGCUUCUGUGACUUCCAGGAGAUCACGCACAUUGUCCUCAAGGACUGCAAAGUCAGCAUCAACCGCCAAGACAACAAGUGCCUGGAGCUGGUUCUCCCGUCAUACGAAACGGCCCUGUCCCUGGUGUCGCUGGUGGAUGGCUACUUCAGGCUCACGGCCGACUCCAGCCACUACCUGUGCCAUGAGGUGGCCCCGCCACGGCUGGUGAUGAGCGUCCUGAAUGGCAUCCAUGGGCCAAUGCAGGAGGAGUUCGUCUUCGCCAAGCUGAAGCGGGAGGAGCAGGAUGGUCUGUACAUCAUCCGCUGGAGCGUCCUCAACUUCAACAGGCUGAUCCUGUCGGUGGUGAAGAGGGACCCUGGCCAGGGCUCCGGGACGCAGACCACCCCCACGUAUAGGCAGUUCCGGAUCCAAAAGAGAGGCGUCUCCUUCGUGCUGGAGGGCUGGGAGCGGGAGUUCUCCACCGUGCGGGAGCUGAUGGACGUUCUCAAAGGCUGCACGCUCAAGUCGGGAGAAGAGAGCUUUGCUGUGAGGAGGUGCUGCCCGCCGAAGCCGGGAGAGAUUUCAGAUCUGAUCAUCGCCCGGAAGGUGAAGGACAGCACCCGGCAGAUCCUGAACCUGACCCAGCUCAGCUUCCACCAGAUCCGGAAAAAUGAGAUCACCCAGAGAGCUCACCUGGGCCAGGGCACCCGCACCAACAUCUACGAGGGCGUGCUGCAUGUUUGCGGGGGCGCUGGCGGGGACGAUGAGGCUGAGUACUUCUCCACCGAGCAGAACAACAACAGCCGCGAGAUGCACGUGGUGCUCAAGGUGCUGGACCCCAGCCACCGGGACAUCGCUCUGGCAUUCUUCGAGACGGCCAGCCUCAUGAGCCAGGUCUCGCACAUCCACCUGGCCUUCGUGCACGGCGUCUGCGUGCGGGGCUCCGAGAAUAUCAUGGUGGAGGAGUACGUCGAGCACGGCCCCCUGGAUGUCUUGCUGCGGAAGGAGAAAGGCCGGGUGACCGUCGGCUGGAAGGUCACUGUCGCGAAGCAGCUCGCCAGCGCCCUGAGCUACUUGGAGGACAAAAACCUGGUGCAUGGCAAUGUGUGUGCCAAGAACAUCCUGCUGGCCAGGAAGGGGUUGGAGGACGGGUUGCUGCCUUUCGUGAAGCUCAGCGACCCUGGGGUCAGCUUCACAGUUCUCUCCCGAGAAGAGCGAGUGGACCGGAUCCCCUGGAUCGCCCCCGAGUGCGUCCAGGAUGUCAGCAGCCUCAGCACCGCGGCCGACAAGUGGAGCUUCGGCACCACCCUGCUGGAGAUCUGCUUUGAUGCGGACGUCCCACUGAAGGAGCGCACCCCCUCCGAGAAAGAGCGCUUCUAUGAGAAGAAACACCGCCUGCCCGAGCCAUCCUGCAAGGAGCUGGCCGCCUUGAUCAGCCAGUGUCUGACAUACGCCCCCAGCGAGCGGCCCUCUUUCCGGACCAUCCUGCGGGACCUCACUCAGCUGCAGCCUCACAACCUCGUUGAUAUCACCUCUGUGAGCCCUGACUUUCCUGUCUCGGACCCCACGGUCUUUCAGAAACGCUACCUGAAGAAGAUCCGAGAACUGGGGGAGGGUCACUUCGGCAAAGUGAGCCUGUACUGCUAUGACCCCACCAACGACGGCACCGGGGAGAUGGUGGCCGUGAAGUCGCUGAAGUCUGGCUGCAGCCAGCAGCUUCUCACCAGCUGGAAGAGGGAGAUUGAGAUCCUCAAGACACUCUACCACGAGAACAUUGUCAAGUACAAGGGCUGCUGCAGCGAGCAAGGGGAGAAGAUCGUGCAGCUCAUCAUGGAGUACGUGCCCCUGGGCAGCCUGCGGGAUUACCUGCCCAAACACAACGUCAGCCUGGCCCACAUCCUCCUCUUUGCCCAGCAAAUCUGUGAGGGCAUGGCUUACCUGCACUCCCUGCACUACAUCCACAGGGACUUGGCUGCCAGGAACGUGCUGCUGGAGAAUGAGAACGUGGUGAAGAUCGGUGAUUUUGGACUGGCCAAAGCCAUCCCCGAAGGGCACGAAUAUUACCGCGUCUGCGAGGACGGAGACAGCCCCGUCUUCUGGUACGCCAUGGAGUGCCUGAAGGAGUGCAAGUUCUAUUACGCCUCCGAUGUCUGGUCCUUCGGGGUCACUCUCUACGAGCUCCUGACACGCUGUGACUCCAGCCAGAGCCCCCCGGUGAAAUUCAUUGAGAUGAUCGGAGCGACUCAGGGUCAGAUGACAGUGCUGAGGCUGAUCGAGCUGCUGGACAGGGGGAAGAGGCUCCCAAGCCCGAAGGACUGUCCUUGUGAGAUCUACUGCUUAAUGAGAAACUGCUGGGAAUCCAAAGCAUCCUUCCGCCCAGCGUUCAAAAACCUCGUCCCCAUCCUGAAGAGCUUCCACGAGAAAUACAAGGCUCAGGCUCCUUCGGUCUUCAGCGUGUGCUGAGUGGGAUGCUUGAACUUGCUCGGGGAAGGACCACGGCUGCCUUCAGCUGGAAUCCCUCAGAUGGAAAGGCCACUUCAAAGUGCUGGGGAGGGUUGGGACUUCACCACUUGCUGCCUCGGUGCUUGCUGCUGCAUGGAACCGUCCUACGCGAUCCGGUUUUCCACCUUGUGCCUUGGAGUCCCGGGAACCCUGUGUAAACAGAGAUGGCUGGUGAAGCUUCUGUUGCCACUUCUGAAGUACGGACCUGCUGCUUUGGCCUGGAUGCGUAGGCUCUCCAGUCAGGUGGAUUUUAAUCCCGGAAAGUGGUUUCCUUCUAGGCAGUGCAGCCAGAGGAAGCUGUGGGGCUGUCUAGCAAAAAGGGCAAACUGCCUUCCUGGCGCAUCUCAUCCAACCUCUUGGCUGGUGUUGGAGCUGUGCAGCCAGAGCAUUGCGUGUCUUGAAAGGGGCGGACGUGUGCAAAAGCCUCCUUGGAGCCUAAUGCGCCGCACCCCAGGCCGCUGUCAGGAGCUCCUGAAGCCGUUGCAGGGAGCUGUGGGGGAAGAGGCUGGAGCUUGAGGGGUGGGUACAGGCCUGAGUUUAGCCCUGUAAUGCCGCAUCUGGUGCAAGGGGAGGAGGAGGGUGUAUGGUUAAGAUGGCUGCCGAGUGAGGGCUUGAAGCAUCGUUAAAAAAGAUACACUGGGCCUGUGCCUGCUCCCUCCUCCAGCCGGACGGGCUCCCAGCCUGCCCUGCUCUGUGGUGCGUUUGCAGCUUGGGAACGGGCCUGUGCCCUGCCCGCUCUUCACUGAUGCUUUGGUCUUUGAGCUGGGGAAACCUCUGGCCCAUCCCCCAGCUGCUUGGGCUCUUGCCUGGUUUGUACCAUAAAGCACCACAGUGCCUGCUUCCUCCGGCAACCCCUGAGCCCUGGCAGAGGUGCUCUGCCCCCUGGCCUGUAACCCCCUGUGCAGCUGCCUGUGCCCCCCUCUGCUCCCAUCUCUCCUUGGGCGGAGAGACGUUCCCCCAUCGAAAGACCCCGGGGGCAGGUGCAGGCAGACUGACGGGGGCUGCCCUCUCCGCAUUGCCUGCGGGGCCUGGCUUUCUCCAGGGCUGUCCCCUCUUGCUGUACAGCAGCUGACCAUGGCCUCUGCUGGCCCUUCAGUCAGAGGCCUUUCUUUGCUCCGGGGUAGCCCUUUGAUGCACUCCUGCAGCCUUGGCUGCCACCCAGCGAGCAAUGAGGGGAGCUCCUGUGCCCCCCGUAAGGGCUGCUUGGGGUCCACAUCUUGGCCACUACCCCCAUUCACGGGGAAACCUCCCUGAACAGGCAGCAGCUGUCCCAGCCUGUCCGUCCAUGUCUCUCGAACGCCUUGGUGAGCGACGCCCUCCUGUGCCCCCCAGGGCUGCGUGCUCCAAAGGGACGUACCAAGGCCAUUCGCUCGGCUGCCGCUGUCCACAUGCCAACCAAAGGUUUUUCCCGCCUCUCCCAGGGGCCAAGCACUGUGAAUUAGAUCAUGUGGUCGGGGAGGGGGCUGGAGUCUGCUGGCCUUAAACCAAAUUCAGAUCACAAGACACGAACUGCCUUUAUCUGCCCACCAAAUCACAGCCCCGUCCUGUCCUCUGGCUACCUAACGCCAGCGUUAGCCGAACUGGUCCUGAAAAAGCCAGUACGCCCUGGUUGUGGGGCUGUGUCUAGAGAAGCAGGGCAAACACCAUCCAGUCGAAUGCCUUCUUGAACAACAGGGACUGCUGGGGUCGCGUGUGUGCUCGUCUUGAUGUCUGAGAUUCAUUCUCCAUGCGCUGCAGAGACUGCUGCGAUGCCAUCUUCGGUUAUGUUGCAAAACCCAGUGGAGGGACGGCUCAAGCCUUGAAUGAACAAGGCCUUAGCUCCAUGCACUGCCAACAUCCACUCAACCAGCAUGCAUGUAGCCUUUAGUGUUAGUUGCUCACUCUCUCACCUAAAUGCCUGGAAUGUAUUUUCCUAAGGAAAUGGGUGUGGGCUAUACCCAGCCCAUCUGACUCUGCAGAACAUUUGGGGUCUGUUGGUUCUCUCUCCUCCAGGGAUGAUCACCAGCUUUGAGCAAGUGAACAUUUGUGGCACUUUAUUACUAAAGAAAUGUUAGCAGUUGGGUGUCUCAGUUGGUUGGUCUUUCAAAUGUGAUUUCUGGAGUCCCCUAUCCCUCAAUCUCUUGUAGCCACAGGCUCGAGAGCAGGUGAUAGGGCCUGGUGCCCAGCCUCAGAGCCGAACAGAUUUCAAUGAGGUCAAGGAGCCAAAGUCAAUAUGGUGCCUGCACCAAGGGAAAUAGUCACUCAAGCGCCAAUCCCACUGGCCCUGAGGUGUUUGCAGUCCAGGAAGGGCUCUGGCAUUGGAGCAGCCAGAGCUGCUCCCACUUCCUUCCCUCCCUCCCUCAGCAGCUCCAAGGGCACGUGGCUGUAUGUCAGAGCGGCUCCCACAGUCUCCCAUUGUAAUGGGGCCAAUGCUUCAGUUUAAAAAUCACAAGACACGGUCAGGGAAUGCACUUCCGAUUUCAUAAUCAAAGAUGCAUUUUCUUAACUUAGUGACCCUUGAGGGCUACAGAUUGGACACCACUGGCCAGCCACUGCAUUGGACAGCUGUGGUCACCUGACCUCUCCUCCUCUUCUCGGAGGCUGCUACAUGAGAAAAUCUUCCUUUAGUAUUUGUAACAUACCUCUAGUCUUGCCUUUGUAUCUUGCCACUGUAUUUCCACAUACACAGCUCUUCCCUGACCAGUCUCUCUGUCUCCAAAGGCUCGUUAUCUCCUGGCCUGGACAAUUAGUGAGGAAUCUUCUAAUGCAACCAGUUUGUUGGUUUGGUUCAAAGUAAAUAAAAGGCUUGGGAAGAGACUUGUGUGUAUAAAAAGUGCAAUGUUUUUGUAAAGGAUGGAGGGUCAUUUUGCCUGAGUUAGCAAAGGUCAUUCUUUCUAGAGGGAGGCCUUGGACUUAUUCCUAAAAUGAUGCUGUUAAACUGUAUAAUGGUUGAUUUCCCCACCCCUUAUUUAUUGUUGUCCGCUAUGUAAACGCCAUUGAAAUAACCUCUGCAGUGAGCCAUGUGCCUGGAGUAUGGAGCAAUGCUGCCUGCCUCAUGGGUCCAUCCUGCACCAUGGUCUGCGUGUCAACCUUUACGCAAAAACAGCCUGCAGCAAUGUGCCUUGCGUCUUGCCGUUGUGUUGGAGCUAUGACUCCCUCUCUCACCAGGGAAGCAUGGGUGAUUGAACAAGCUGCAGCUUCCUUGCUUCUGGCCAAAGCACCUGUGUGUAGAGACCUUUUUUCUAUUGGACAGCGGGAGAUGAUUAUCUAAUGUGAACGUCACUGGUCUCAGUGCUAAUCUACUACUGGCUAGUGUAACCUGUAGCUGGUAACAUCCCUGAACUUUUCUUCAAAUAAAUUACUCUGUAAA